AUGCUUUCUCUCGCUGCAAACAUUCUCAAAUCCUCAAUCUUCUCACCAUUCACACAAUCCACCACCCAUGGAUUGUUCAUUAACCCGAAUACCCGACCCGUUAAUCCAGUACCCCGCACAUUUACCGUCAGCUCGGCCCAGAAACCGAAAAACAUGAUCCCCAAAAACCCACCACCGCGACAACAGCUUUACCAGCCUUUCCGGCCACCGUCAUCCCCGGUUCCACCUCAAUUCCGUUCACUCGAUUCCGCCGGUAAAAUCGAGAUCCUCGCCAAUCGAAUGGCUCUCUGGUUCGAAUACGCGCCACUCAUCUCUUCCCUCUACACCGAUGGUCUCACUCCUCCCAACAUCGAGGAGCUCACCGGAAUCUCCAGCAUCGAACAGAACCGUCUAAUCGUCGGCGCCCAAGUUCGCGACUCGAUUGCUCAGUCCCUCCACGAGCCUGAGCUCAUUUCGGCGUUCGACACCGGCGGUGCAGAGCUUCUCUACGAAAUCCGCCUCCUCAGCAUCACGCAGCGCGUAGCCGCCGCCACGUACAUCAUCGAUCGGAGUUUCGACUCGAAAGGCGCGCAGGACUUGGCGCGAGCCAUCAAGGAUUAUCCUAACCGUCGUGGAGACGUCGGAUGGUUGGAUUUCGAUUACAAUUUACCAGGAGAUUGUCUCUCGUUCCUGUAUUACAGGCAAAGCAGAGAGAACAAGAAUCCGUCGGAGCAGAGAACCUCAAUGCUUCAACAAGCAUUGGACGCUGCAGAAUCCGAAAAGGCGAAGAAGAAGCUGCUCAGAGAGUUAAACGGCGAGAAAGAAGAAGAGAAGGUGAAGGAAGAGGAGGUCAAAGCUAUUCGAAUUCCGGUGGUGAGAUUGAAAUUCGGAGAGGUUGCAGGAGCGAGCUCGGUGAUUGUUCUACCUGUUUGUAAAGCAGAGGAAGGGGAAGAGAAGAUUCUUGAAGCUCCAAUGGAGACCAAAGCGGGAGGGGAUUUCAAGGUGGUUGAGGCGGAGAAAGGUUGGAGGAGAUGGGUGGUGCUUCCGGCGUGGAACCCAGUGGCUGCGAUCGGGAAAGGUGGUGUGGCGGUUUCUUUCAGGGAUGAUAGAAAAGUGCUGCCUUGGGACGGAAAAGAAGAGCCUUUACUGGUUGUGGCGGAUAGGGAGAGGAAUGCGGUGGAGGCUGAUGACGGGUACUAUCUCGUGGCGGCUGAGAACGGACUUAAGCUAGAGAAAGGAUCGGAGUUAAAGGCGAGUGCGGUGAAGAAGAGUUUAGGAAUGGUUCUUCUGGUGGUGAGGCCACCGAGAGAAGAUGAUGAUGAUUGGCAGACUAACGAAAACUGGGAUUGA